CCUUAACGGUGAGCUGAAUAGUUUAUUACCGCGGGUUACCGUACCAAAACUGAAAUGGAAAUCCGCCGGUAUUAGCAGCCAUUUGGCCACAAUAUAUGGACAGUUUUCUUCGAAAGUCAAUGCCGACAAAUAUCUCACUUGGAUUGUCUAUCUCACGGAAGCAUUUUACGAUUUACUCAAGAAGCUGUACGAAGAGUGUUGCAAAAACUGCAAAACCCCAGGAUCACGGUGUCAUGUUAAGACGUGUCACCAGAACUGUUUAGUUUCCCAUACCUCCACUCAUUCUAAAAACUGUAGGUCAAUUGCUCAGUGCCCAUUCACACGUCCGACAUUAUGCAAAUACGGAUUUGUAUUUCAGAGCGAAUCAAACCUCAGCGGAACAUAUGGCCCGGAAACAAAACGAACGUGCCAAGACUUCUGCAACGCAUUAAAUAAGGUUUUGAAAAAGGGUAAUGUUCUUGGCGAUUUGACAUAUAUCACCAUUCCGAACUUCCUUUGGAAAAUUAGAGAAAAAUUCUUCUGGACCACCGUCGCCCUCUGGCUCCUCUCCUUCCUCUACCUGACCCACAUCAUGGUCAUCCGCCUCGACCUGCUCCACAUCAAAUCGCAUCUACAUAGUCCAUCAUCACAUCGUAUAGCUGCUCAGUCACUACUCGCCGCUGCACGUGUUAACAAGCUUAACAGGGUGUUUUAUCUGCAACCAUAA